UACGGCUCCCGGCGUGCCCCGUGCCCGGACCACAACUCCCGGCGUGCUUCCCGCGGCGCUCGGACGGCGGCCGGGACGGGCCAUGGGGCGCGCAGACAUGGCGCGUGUUCCGCACGUCGUGGCCGACACGGGCGCGUUCCUGAGCGCGGCCCCGCUGCAGGACAUCGCAGAGGCGCUGUACACCGUGCCCGAGGUGCUGGCCGAGAUCCGCGACCGGCCCGCCCGCCGCCGCCUGGCCGCGCUGCCCUGCGAGCUGCGGCUCCGCCGCCCGCGCCCCGAGCUGCUGCGCCUCGUGACCGAGUUCUCCAAGAAGACCGGGGACUACCCGAGCCUCUCGGCCGCCGACCUGCAGGUGCUCGCCCUCACGUGCCAGCUCCAGGCCGACAUCGACGGCCCCGGCGGCGUCCGCUGGGAGCCGCAGGACAAGGUGCGGCUGAGCUCCACCCCGCGGCACCCCGAGGCCCCCCUGCACCUGGCCGGUUUCCACCUGCCCAAGCGCAGCCCCGCGGGGAAGGGCCCGCCCCGGCCCGGCCCCGGCAGCGCCCCGGCCCCGGCCCCGGCCCGCAGCGAUCCCGACGAGUUCGGAUCCUUCCUGUACUGGCGGCCGCCCCUGCCCAGCAUCGAGGAGGAGCUGCGGGAGCUGCUGGCCAUCACCGGCAGCCCCGAGCCCCCCGAGGAGCACCAGAGCUCUGCAGACGGGGCCAGCGCCGGCGAGGAGGAGGAGGAGGAUGAGAGCGAUGACGAAGGCUGGAUAACUCCCAGCAACCUGAAGCAGGCCCAGCAGGACACGGGGCACUGUGACACUGCUCCCGUGGGUGUCCAGGUGGGCUGUGUCACCACGGACUUCGCCAUGCAGAACGUGCUGCUGCAGAUGGGCCUGCACGUGCUGGCCGUGAACGGGAUGCUGAUCCGCCGCGCCCGCAGCUACAUCCUGCGCUGCCACGGCUGCUUCAGGACCACCUCGGACAUGACCAAGGUGUUCUGCCCCCACUGCGGGAACAAGACCCUCAAGAAGGUGGCAGUGAGUGUCAGCGAUGACGGCAGCCUGCACAUGCACUUCUCCCGCAACCCCAAGGUGCUGAACCCCCGGGGGCUCAGGUUCCCGCUGCCGGCGCCGCAGGGCGGGAAGCACGCCAACAACCCGCACCUGGUGGAGGACCAGCGCUUCCCGCAGCAGCGCCUGUCGCGCAAGGCCAGGCAGAAAACCAACGUCUUCGACCCCGACUACCUGGCCGGGGCCUCUCCCUUCGCCGAGAACGACGUGCACAGCCGGGCCGCGCACCUGGCGCUGCGCGACGCCGCGCUGGGCGCCGGCCGCCGCCGCCUCAACCCCAACGCCGUGGGCAGGAAGUUCGUGAGGAGGAGGUGAGGGCAGGGCAGCCCCGCCGGCGGGAGCCGCCCGCCCGGCCGCGGCGUGGCUCUGCCGGGGAGAGGCCUCUCCCAGCUCCUGGGCUCGGGUCAGGCCACGCUGUCCCCGCUGUGCCGGUGCACAGAGAGCCGCCGUGGCCGGGGUGAUGGUGGCAGGGUCUGGGGAGGGUGGGGUGGCUUCCCUGCCCAUCCCUGGGCACCCCUGGGCAGGGGCUGUGUCACCCAAUAAACUCCAAACCCCAAGCCCCGUGACUCAGUCCCAUUUCUGCACUUGCCUGUGCCAGGGGAGCCUUUCUCUGAGCCUUGAGGAAGGAGGGGGCUGGCACAGAGGGAGGGGAGAUUUCUUGGAUCAUUUGCCCCACGGGAUAAUGAGCCCCACAAGGACAGGGGGUUGUGUCCCACCUGGCACUGGGCAAUGUUCAGGGGUAAUGCUCUGGGGUAAAGCUUUGUGGCUAAAUCUGCUGAAGUCUUUCACAGUUGACUGUUGUGCCCAGCUCUUGCUGCAGUUCCUCCUUAACCCUGCUGAAAUUGUUCAGAAUAAGGAAAUACGUGAUACCAGCUGUGGCCCCUGGUCCUGGGGAGGUCACAGGGUGUGGAGAGGGAGCAGGAAAGGGGAACACAGCUGGGCCUCCCCAGCCCAGGGCACUUUAGUGUGUCAAAGCUGCAGAUGCAGGGCAGUGGGUAAGGCAGCACACAUCCUGCUGAGGACGUGGGAAUUCCAGCAUCUUGGCUUUGGACUCCUGGCCUCACCUCCCUGGGGCAGACUCUGCCUCUCCCCCAGUCCCUCCUGGGCUAUGGGAGCCGUUCCCUUGGUCACAAUUUGGGGCUGGGCAGCCCCCAGGGGUUACUGGGGUGCCACACCACCAAGUCAGUGUGGCCCCAAGGACCUUUUCCUGCAGCAGCUGCAGCGCCCCGGGCACGGCUCUGGAGAUGCCCUUGGUAAAACCAUCACAAGACUUUAGAGUGUAAAAUGAAAACUUUCAUCGUUUAUUCUCGACUGCAGCUGUUUACAGAAAUAUAGUUGCGAGUAUACAAAUGUCCCAAUAGAAGCAAAAUAUUUUUUUUUUUUAAUAUUCAACAAGUUAUCACAGGAGAGCUAAAAACAUAGAUGCAAAUAAAAUAUCCCCUCAUAGACAAACUGAAAACACCGGGAAUCAGUGCUUGGAAAACCCACCUACGAAAGCCAUAUACACAGAACUGCACGAAGGAGUAUCUGGUGCUACUUUCACACUGCAGGACACAGAAGAGGCAGCUCAGCGGUCGAGGGUGCACCCAGAACAUCUGGCAGGCAGGGGAGAGCCCCCCCCAGGUGCAGGGACAGGGACAGAGCUUGGAGCUCUGCUCCGAAGGGGCUGGAGCUUAACUCGGCAUCAGCUCAGAUGGAAAUAAUUCAAAUUGCCUCUCCUUUUACCCAGAAUAAAACAGCCUCAGGAAUGCUGCAGGGAAUGGGAUCCCAGUUCUGCAAGGCCCAAAGAGCCAGUUCCAAACAGAAACACCCCCCUGGACACGUUAUCCCCAGGGGCAGCCAUGGUCCUGCCCAGGGCACUCGGGUCAGACCCCGUCCCACGGGGCAGCUCCAGGGCCAAAACAAAGCCAAGGCCAUUUACCUGUCAGGUGAAGAAACCCCUCCCUAAUGCCAGGCUGGAGCUGGAAUGUGUCACAGAGGGCAGCUGGAUGUGGGAGCCUUGGAACCUCAACAGAGGGGUCAGGGAGCAGGGAGUCCUGGGUUCCUUGCCCUGUCCCUACACAGUGAAUGUCACCGGGCAAUUCAGUGAAGUGUAACAGUAAAAAUGACA